CAAAAGUGUAAUGUUUAAUGUGUCACUGUCAAAAAAAUGGCGAAUCGAACGGUGAAAGACGCUAAAUCAAUUCGAGGAACAAAUCCUCAAUAUUUGAUAGAAAAAAUUAUAAGAUCACGAAUAUACGAUUCAAAAUAUUGGAAAGAAGAAUGUUUUGCGUUAACUGCAGAAUUACUUGUGGACAAAGCUAUGGAGCUGCGAUAUAUCGGCGGCGUUCACGGCGGCUUCAUAUAUCCCACACCGUUUCUAUGUUUAGUGCUCAAAAUGUUACAAAUACAACCUGAAAAAGACAUAGUUGUAGAAUUUAUUAAAAAUGAAGAGUUUAAGUAUGUUCGUGCAUUGGGUGCGUUUUAUAUGAGAUUAACAGGUGCGUCAGUAGACUGUUAUAAAUAUUUAGAACCCUUAUUCAAUGAUAACAGAAAAUUGCGGCGGCAAAACCGUCAGGGGCAAUUUGAAAUUGUGCAUAUGGACGAGUUUAUCGACGAAUUACUUCGAGAAGAGCGUUUGUGCGAUGUUAUAUUGCCUCGAAUACAGAAGAGGCAUGUAUUAGAGGAGAAUAAUGAAUUGGAACCGAAAAUCUCUGCACUAGACGACGAUUUGGAUGAAGAAAUGCCUUCAGAUGAUGAUAAUAAUGAACCUGAAACCAAAGAGAAUAGAAGAGAACCUGACAGAAAGGAGCGAGAUAGAAGAAGGGACAGAUCGCGCGACCGAGACAGGCGUGAAAAAGAUCGAAAACGCGAUCGCUCACGAAGCCGUGAGCGGGAACGCGAACGGAGGAGAGAGAGAGAGAGGGAGCGGGAGCGUGAGCGCGAGCGGGACAGAGAGAGAGCGCGUGAACGGGACAGGGAAAAGGAAAGACGCGAUAGACAUGAUGUUGAUAGGCGGAGGGAUAGAGGGCGCUAUUAGACUUUAGUUAGCUGAGGAUUAAAUGACGUUUUAACUUUUAAUA